AUGUUUCUAGCAUUGUUAAGCAACCAAGCGGCAUCAUUUAAGGAUCAGUUAACUGGUGAAACCCGAGACCACACAAGUUCACGCCCAAACACAUUAUUCGAUGACGCUGAUGAUUUGCAGAAGCAACUCGACAAUGAAGCGAGGGACAAAUUAAAACUUGGAAAGCCGAAAACCGUGUGGGUGUUGCAUCUGCCGACGCCAUUUCCAGAUAUCAAGUAUUUAAUGACGACGCGUUAUUCCAGGAAUGCUGAACUUGGAACCACGAUAAACGAAAAAAAAUUUAACUUGGAAAACUUCACCCCCGCCAACACGUUCGAUUGGGAUUACAACAGUCAAAGUGAGUGGGGAAAAUUCUUCCCGGAUUGCAAAGGCCGAUCGCAGUCCCCAGUGGACCUGCCCGUCGAAGGCUUCAUCAGGGCUAGGGGCGUUAGGCAGCUCCUGUUCAACAAUUAUGACGUCUGUCCGGAAAAUAUGACCGUGCAUAACGAUGGAAGACGAGUGGUCCUGUACGGUCAUUGGAACAGUAAGAAGCAGCCGAUCGUGUAUAGCGGUGCCGCUCACAGUCGCCGGUACGUUUUCCACUCGCUGAGCCUCUCCUGGCCUUCCGAGCACACGAUAGGCGGGCUACAGUUCCCCAUGGAAAGUCAGGCGAUCCACAUUUCGGCGGAGUACAACUCACUGAAGGAAGCCCUGGAUGCGGCACCGAGUGACCCCCAGGCAUUUCUCGGGAUCUCCAAUCUUUAUAAGUACUCCGAUCACACUCAAAAGGGCUUGAAGGAAAUACUCGACGUGGUCCUUAAAGCUAGCACAGUUAACUCUUCUGGAAUGGGUCAUCCUCUGAGCUUCUUCGUUCCACCUUUUAAACAGUAUGCCAGCUACCAGGGGUCGCUGACCUCACCACCUUGCACAGAAUCCGUACUGUGGCUAGUACGGGCUAGGAGCCUACCUGUGAUGAGGGCUGUGGUGGAGGCAGCUCAUCGUCUCACGAACCCUUACGGGGAGCCUCGUCGCUUCUCAGUCCGCAUGCCACAACCACUUAACGAUAGGAAAAUAUACUUGUUUUAU